GCAUGACGCAGAAAGCGACGCCAUUAGGAGGGGGGGUUGAGAGGGGAGAGCAGAGCGAACCAGCCAGCUGAGUGAGGGUGGGGGAAAUCAGUUUGGUCUACAAAGAGCUGGGCGAGUGAAAAUUGGUUCCUAUUCUGAUUCGCCAGGAGGAUUCGUGUCCUCGACUUAUUGAUUUCGAUUUGACACAUCUCAUGUGAUUAGAGGGACAUACAUUCGACUGGGCUACUUAUAUUCCUAAUCGUAUUUAUUUCACCAUGGCGGCUGGCGGCGGAGCGGGUAACAAAACCUACUCUUUCAAGGUGGUUUUGUUGGGAGAGGGUUGUGUCGGCAAGACCUCGCUCGUGUUGCGUUAUUGUGAAAAUAAAUUCAACGACAAACACAUCACCACACUUCAGGCGUCCUUCCUCACCAAGAAGCUCAACAUCACAGGGAAGAGGGUGAACCUGGCCAUAUGGGAUACAGCAGGUCAGGAGCGGUUCCACGCGUUAGGUCCCAUCUACUACAGAGACUCCAACGGAGCCAUAUUGGUCUAUGACAUCACAGAUGAGGACUCAUUCCAGAAGGUGAAAAACUGGGUGAAAGAAUUGAGGAAAAUGUUGGGGAACGAGAUUUGUUUAUGUAUAGUAGGUAAUAAAGUAGAUCUGGAGAAGGAGAGACAUGUAUCGGUUGAAGAGGCAGAAGGGUAUGCAGAGUCGGUGGGGGCAAAACACUAUCACACAUCAGCCAAACUAAACAAGGGGAUAGAAGAACUCUUCCUUGACUUGUGUAAAAGAAUGAUGGAGACGGCCCAAGCAGAGGAGAGGGCGAAGGGUAACGGAGCCAGCCAGUCAACGACAUCACGAAGGGGGGUACAGAUCGUGGACGAUGACCCUCAAGCCGCCACGGCCGCAGGGGGCUGCUGCUCAUCCGCUUAACCCCCCACCCCCUAACUUACCUCUCCACGUCCCAACCCCCCCCCCACCUCCACAUCCCAACUUACCCCAUCCUCCCCCUUCCCCCCCCUUAAGCAACCAGGACUGUUGCCUCCCCUCUCAUCUCCCUCCUUAUGACAUGAAGACUGCUGUUCUCCCUCUGAGUCAUCAUCCACUUUACUCACUACACUUCUCCCUCUAUGGAACAAUGUGCUUAUAUACCAUUCUUUACACUGUAAUAUUCAUUCAUUGGCCCCCCCUCCUGACCCAUCCAUAUGAGACCUCUGACACCCCCUCCUGACCCAUCCAUAUGAGACCUCUGACACCCCCUCCUGACCCAUCCAUAUGAGACUUCUGACCCCCCCUCCUGACACCCCCUCCUGACUCAUCCAUAUGAGACUUCUGACCCCCCCUCCUGACCCAUCCAUAUGAGACUUCUGACCCCCCCUCCUGACACCCCCUCCUGACCCAUCCAUAUGGGACCUCUGACACCCCUCCUGACACCCCCUCCUGACCCAUCCAUAUGAGACCUCUGACCCCCCCCCCCCCCCUCCUGACCCAUCCAUAUGAGACCUCUGACACCCCCUCCUGACCCAUCCAUAUGAGACCUUUGAGUGAUGAAGAGAACAUGGAAGGAAUGAAUCUGCCUCUCCUCUGUCUUUCUACAAACUAGCAGAUGGACUUCUAACACACUAGUGUGAAAUACACACUCACACACUGUCCCCACCUCUCUCAAAUGAACACAAACCAACAGACCGUACUAAAUUAUAAAUCAUAAACACUCAUACCCCAGAUGCGAGGAUAAUGUGCAUGACGGGGUGAUCCGUCUCUGAAGGCUUCAUUUUGUUUCACUUUAGAGAGAGAAGAAAUGAAAAACCUGAUCUUUCUUUAUUGUUGAUAAACUAAAGUACAUGUUGUAUGGACAUGUGUCCAAGCCCUUGGUACUGCUUCUUCUUCUGUGGUGGUGAAGUGGUGAAAGCCCUCUGAUUCCAUCAUCUAGCUCUUUUCUUGGCCUGUCUUCAUAAAGCUUCUCGGUAGGAGUCCCACCUGUGUUCUUUAAGCCUCUCGGUAGGAGUCCCACCUGUGUUCUCUAAGCUUCUCGGUAGGAGUCCCACCUGUGUUCUCUAAGCCUCUCGGUAGGAGUCCCACCUGUGUUCUUUAAGCCUCUCGGUAGGAGUCCCACCUGUGUUCUCUAAGCCUCUCGGUAGGAGUCCCACCUGUGUUCUCUAAGCCUCUCGGUAGGAGUCCCACCUGUGUUCUCUAAGCCUCUCGGUAGGAGUCCCACCUGUGUUCUCUAAGCCUCUCGGUAGGAGUCCCACCUGUGUUCUCUAAGCCUCUCGGUAGGAGUCCCACCUGUGUUCUCUAAGCCUCUCGGUAGGAGUCCCACCUGUGUUCUCUAAGCUUCUCGGUAGGAGUCCCACCUGUGUUCUCUAAGCCUCUCGGUAGGAGUCCCACCUGUGUUCUUGAAGCUUCUCGGUAGGAGUCCCACCUGUGUUCAUAAAGCCUCUCGGUAGGAGUCCCACCUGUGUUCUCUAAGCCUCUCGGUAGGAGUCCCACCUGUGUUCUCUAAGCCUCUCGGUAGGAGUCCCACCUGUGUUCUCUAAGCCUCUCGGUAGGAGUCCCACCUGUGUUCUCUAAGCCUCUCGGUAGGAGUCCCACCUGUGUUCUCUAAGCCUCUCGGUAGGAGUCCCACCUGUGUUCUCUAAGCCUCUCGGUAGGAGUCCCACCUGUGUUCUCUAAGCCUCUCGGUAGGAGUCCCACCUGUGUUCUCUAAGCUUCUCGGUAGGAGUCCCACCUGUGUUCUCUAAGCCUCUCGGUAGGAGUCCCACCUGUGUUCUUGAAGCUUCUCGGUAGGAGUCCCACCUGUAUUCAUAAAGCCUCUCGGUAGGAGUCCCACCUGUGUUCUCUAAGCCUCUCGGUAGGAGUCCCACCUGUCUCUGUAACCUUGUUGAUUUAAGUUCUAAAAGACUAAACUGAUCCUAGAUCAGCAUUUCUGCUCUGAGACUCUUUAUGAAUACAGGCAUUGUGCUUUUUCAACAACAACAACAGAAAAAUGGCAGUUCUCUCUUCCCCCUCCUCUCUCUUGGUCUUUCUCUCUGAUUUAAAAUGCAGGUGUUUUGCACUGACCCGUCACUACCAAUGCUUUUGUUAUACUGAGUUUUCUUCCUGUUUGCCGAGUUGCUCUGUGAAAAAUGUAAAUGACACACAAAAAAAAUACAUUGUUAAAAAAACAACCCAAAAAAAACCGUAUGAACAACGUUGGAUGUUUUAUCUGCUUUUUACAAGCUUUGGGGAAACGAUACGCAGGUGUAGAAAAGUGUACAAUAGUCUUGUUUAAUGAUUGUAAAAUGAAAUAACAAUUGUGGAUGAAAGCA